UACUGGUGGUGUAUCGACAGCGAACGACGACCGCGAUCGGGCAGCAUAGUGCGUUUUUCCUCUGUUCGUGUAUACAACACCGUAUUAUCAAUUAAUAACGAGACUAAAUCGUAUCGCUUCUGUGCCCGUUAAGAAAAACAAGUUCCUUUUUUUUUCGUUUCCCAAUUGAGUUCGUCGCUUGAAUAACAUAAGUACUUAUAAUAUACAUAUCUCCUACCGGCGGCAAGCCAAGUACACUGUCGACACUUCAAAACGGCGGCGGUUUCAGCAAAUUUCGUCGGCGCAGUGGGUGGACGGUACGCCGGCAAACUGAUUCAGACACGGGCGUCCACAGACGCCUGGCAGCGGCGCCAAGAACUGUCGCUUUAUCCGGCGACAGGCGCCACAGCCGCUGUCGGUGGAGUCGUGGACGCUGAAGAUUGGAGAGGACAGGGCGGUAGAUCGCAAACCAUGCAUCCAGACAAAGGGUCGGGAGCCCAGGUUAUUGCAUUCAUAUGUGGCCUAAUAGUAAUUGUCUUGAUGCUGUUGGCUUUGACCUCCACUGAUUGGCUAUUAUCUGCUGGCUGGCGACAAGGCUUGUUCUCACAUUGCAUAGCUCCCGGUGCUCCAACGCCAUUACCCUUUAAUGUGCCUAAUAAUGGUCCAGAUUGUUAUCCAACACGAGAAGUCGGUUACAUACGAGUAGCUGCAGCAUUGUGCAUAGUAACAUUAAUAGCGGACAUAGUAGCUACGCUAUUGACCGGGCUAGGACUAAGAAGCAAAGACCAGCGAAACAAGUACAAGUUUUACAGAGUGGCGGUUUAUGUCAUGUUACUAGCGUUACUCUCUUUGCUAAUAGCGUUGAUCGUGUACCCAGUAUGUUUUGCCGCUGAACUCAAUUUAGGAAACCGCAACGUUUGGGAGUUUGGUUGGGCGUACGGUAUCGGAUGGGGUGCGGGAAUAUUCUUGUUUGGAGCUGUGGUGUUGUUGUUGUGCAACAAGGAAUCAGAAGAAAUUUAUUAUAAAGAACGAAAAGUGACAUCGUCUGCCUAGUGUGCGGCGCCCCUGCCCGACGUAGUACUAUAGUGACCUUCUGCCGUUGGCCGACGACGGGUAGGGUGCUCUUAUUAUUGUAACGUUAUGAUAAGGCAAACUUAAUUUAUAAUUAUUAACGUACACGUCACAAUUAUGUUGAUACACAAUGUUGGUCGACUAAGAACUAAAACUACAAGGUGGGGGAAAUAUUUGCAUAGCGCACAGUAAAUAAAAAUCCUUUCAUUAAAUUGUAAUCAAAUAUUAGGAUUAGGUGUUUAUAUAGUGUUAGGUCGAUUCGUUUGUGUAUUUUGUUAUUCAUGGGUUAGUUGACAGAUUGAAAUCAAUCAAACAUGUCGAAAAGAUACUUCCAUUUUGUAUAGUUCAACUAUCAUAGACAAAUGGUAUCUACUAUAACAAAAUAUUGUUUACAACACAAAUAUGUAAUCUAAAUCUAUGUGUCUUGUCGUCGAACAUUUUUGUAAACUGUUUUUCAUUUCUCAAACGUUCCCAGGUUGUGUAUAAUACUUGUCUAACGAAAAUUCAUAUCUAUAAUAUUAACUAUAUAUAUAAAUUUAGAAUGUAAUAGAUAAAUACUAAAUAAUAAUUAUUAUGUACGCGUGUAAAUAAUAGUAUAAAAUAUUAAACUUUUUGUGAUCAGUGAUUUUUUCCCACCCAAAGAAAAGAAAAUCUUGCCCCUCUGAAACAUACAUUCCUAUUCAGGUAUUUUUUUUUGUAUAUAUAAUAAUAUAGUUGAUUUUUCUUUAGACAUUCCUAUUCUUGUUGAAUACUAUCCCGUUAUUAAUUUAUCAAUAUUUAUUUUCACGUUAGUAUUUUGGAUAUAUUAUUAUUAUUUAUUAUUCUUACCCUAUAGUUAUUGAUUUUUAUUCAUUAGUUUAACUGUUAGCACCACUGCAGAUUUUAUAACUGAACAUUUUGUGCUUAUUUGAUACCUAUGUGAAAAAUCUCGUAAACAAUUGUUAUUAUUAUUUUGAUUUUUAUACUUAACAUUUUUUAACUAUAUUAAUAUUAAAAUAGAUAUAAAUUGUAAUUAUAAUUGAACUUUUGAAAAUUUUUAUAGUUAUCUGACAUAACAUAUCUUAAGCAACCAGCGCUUGAUAGUGCACGUUUUACUUUAUUUAUUUGUUUAAUUGUAAGUUUAAACAGUGAAACCGUCCAACUAAAAAUAUGUUUGCCAUCAGCAUACAAUUUUUUUCAUAAGUGUUUGUUAUUGGUUACUAUGUGGAUAACUUUCUGUAAUUAUUAUUAUUACAUUUCUUUAUAUACAUUAGUCUUAUUUUUAAUUUACCCAAACACAAUUAUUAUCUAUUAAUACACUGUCUGUAUUUCAAACUCCAAUAUUUGUCUUAUAAUAUUAACAC